AUGAAUGGAUCAUAUGCUAUACGAUUAUAUUGGACAGAAAAUGAAAAAUUUAAAAUGGAGUUUUCUAUUGCAUUUUGUAAGCUGAGAACAACUAAGUUAAAGGGAAAGCAAAAAUGGGCUGCAUCGGUGUUGUGAAUGUAACAAGCAUAAAUCCAUAUCUCACAAGAAGAUCAAACAAACCCUACAAUUCAAGAAGACCAUCAUCCAUGGCUGCUGCGAUUAGAGCUGAGUCUACUGAGAAAUUAGGGAUUACAAUUGAAAAGAAUCCUCCUGAGUCCAAACUAACCCAACUCGGUGUUCGUAGUUGGCCCAAGUGGGGUUGUCCUCCAAGCAAGUUUCCAUGGACUUACAGUGCAAAGGAGACUUGUUAUUUACUACAAGGAAAAGUGAAAGUGUACCCUAAUGGAUCCGAUGAAGGCGUAGAGAUCGAAGCAGGCGACUUUGUUGUUUUCCCUAAAGGAAUGAGUUGCACUUGGGAUGUCUCUGUUGCUGUUGAUAAACAUUACCAAUUCGAGUGAAUGGCUGCUAUCAAUCUCUGCUCUACGUAUUCGUGUAUUCGAUAGGACUUGACCAUCUUUGUAUGUUGAUGGAUACUUACUUUAAGCUUGUGUGAAGUUUUUUACUUUAGUGGAAAUAGAGGAGUCAUAUAUGGACGCAUUAUCUCAUUCAACACCAAAGUCAUUCGAAGUUCGAUACAAUAACAUGUAUAGUGUUUACUGUCGAAAAGUAAAUAAUUGAUAAUAGAAGUGAUAUUCACGUAAUACUCCAUAAAUAGAUGUUGCAUAGUUUGGUGGGUAUUGAUGAAUGAAGA